GACCGGCCAAUUGUGUCCCCUUCACGUCAAGCACCUUGUUUGCCACUUGAAGGUUUGAGACCCCGCCCCCAAACUCUACCAAGACAAGGCUUCCCAAUUAAAGUAAACAGGGCAGGAGGCGCGCGCAGCUUGGAGCCCCCUGUGCCGUGCGAUUGAAGCUGGUAUAACAAGGCGGCCCACACACAGUUUGAAGACAGCUCACCUCUAGCCGAGAGCGAAUAGGACAUCGCGCCUGAUCCCUUGCGCAAAUUUGCCUCCGCUCAAGCAUGGAGUCCAUAAGCCCUAAGCAAACGACCCCGUUCUCCGUGACAGACAUCCUCAGUCCUCUCGAGGAGAUGUACAAAAAACCCAUGGACGGCACGAUGACUGGAGGCUACGCGGGCACGAUGAACGCCGCCGCCGGCAUGGGAGCGGGAGGGUACCGCCAACAGGUGACUCAGCCCCUGCAGCACCAGAGCAUGAACGUGCCGGUCUCCAACCCGUACAUGCACGUCCCGACUCAGCUGUCUCACGGCAUGGCCAACCCGUACUGCAACGGUAACGUGUCGGACCUGCCGCACUACAACGAACACGUCCGCAACACGGCGUCGUCCUGGUACGGGGCCAAUCCCGACCCACGCUUCUCAUUUCCGCGGCUGAUGGGAGGUCACUCGGGAGGCAUGGGGAACAUGGGCAUGUCUCUCGGCACCAUUGAGGGACCCAAGCCGAUCUUGCCAACCACUCAGCGUCGCAAGAGACGAGUGCUGUUCUCCCAGGCACAAGUGUACGAGCUUGAGCGGCGGUUCAAGCAGCAGAAGUACCUGUCGGCGCCGGAGCGCGAGCACCUGGCCCAGCUCAUCAACCUCACGCCGACUCAGGUGAAAAUCUGGUUCCAGAACCACCGCUACAAGUGCAAGCGGCAAGACAAGGAGCGGCAAAAGUCCAGCACAGAUCAGCCUUCACAGCAGCAGCAGCAGCAACAGCAACAACCACAACAGCAGCAACAGCAACAGCAGCAGCAGCAGGUUUCACAGCACCAGGCGGGGCAGGUGCAGGGGCAAGCCGGCCAGCAGAACAUGUGUGCCGCCGGCAACUCACCUCGACGCGUCGCCGUGCCCGUGCUAGUCAAAGACGGCAAGCCGUGCGGAAACACUCCCUCCACGACCCCGGUCACCGGAGUCACGGCCAACAUGUCCGCGGCAACUCCUCAACUCAACCCGCAGAGCCAGGCGAACAUCAUCGGUACCACCGUAGCCACGGUCAACGUUAACGGACUCAACUCUCACAUGAGCUCGGGAAACUAUGCGAACAACACCAUGUCUUCGUGCUCGUCUUCACAAUACCUUCUACAGCAGGGUAGAGCGUGGUGAGAGAAAAAGACACAGAGAGAGAAAAAACAACAACACUGGAACUAAAACAUCCCCCCUACAAAACUGUACAAGUGUCAUUUAGGAACAUGUUUCGGCCACUUGCUAGUUUUUUUAAACUAUGUCUAGAACUGACGGCUUUUUACAUAUAUAAAUGUGGGACGUGUCAGUAUUGUAGCAGGCCGUGACCGAGCAAUGUGACAUACAUGUAGAACAAGGUAUUGUCAAAAGGAGGUAGCUUUUGAAUACGAACCACCGAGUAAAGCCUCGAGAAACCGGUCAGGGAAGAAAAAAACGUCACCCCAGAAGUUUAUUAGUUACAUUUUGUUGUGUCAGGGUGUUAUACAAACUCCGUAGUGUCGCCACAGAAAACAGGUAGGUUGACACUCUUGUCAGAAUCAGCUGUGUCCAAAAUUUGGCAAAUAUGAACACGGGGAACAAAGGAAAGGACACGGCUAGUGUCCCCUCGUCCAAACAUUUCUGUCAAGAAUUAAGUGAGCGCCGUAGCAGGAUUUAGGCAAUCGCGAUCGCACAAUCGUAAUAACAUUUCCCAAGAUUUUCUUUAUCUGUUCUAGUUCUAAAAUAGCACGAGGAGCUUUUGGAUCGUGGUUAACUAUCAGAUCACGUUGUGUAUACAGGAAGACAACUACUUGAAGAAAAGGGCCUAGAUUUUAGAGGAAUUUGUUUGAAAGAUUAACACAGGAAAGAAAAAGAAAGAAAUUUCAAAAUCAUGAGUUGAAAAUCUGGAUGUACUGUAAGUAUGGGAGAGAAUUUGAAAUUUGUGUUGGAUGUUGUAGUAUGUAUAUUUCACUCGAUUUGAUUUGUACAAUUUCGAAGAAUAGCCAAUAUAGGUAAUGAGUUUUUAGAUAAUUUAUUAAUAUAUUAGUAAGAAUGUCGAGAAUAGUAUGGAAAAUACGUUGGUCACAUUUUUUGGGCCCAAGUUGUCACAUUGUUGUUGUACAGAACAAUUUCGUCUUGUUAU